AUGGCACCCGGACCGGAUGCUGCUGAUGCGGCGUUCAACCUCUCUCGUGCUCUCGAUGGUGGUGAUGCCACUGCUAUCGAGUCCGCCAUGCGCGCUUAUAAGGCGCAUGGUGAAUACUGGCGACGCGCCAACAUUUGCCAUAUCUUUCCUUUCUCUUUGGGAAAGAAUCAUGUGCAGAAAAAUUCCUUCUCGGAUUCCCUCAGUCUCCUCUGGUCUCAGGAUAAGAUCGAGGCCUGGAAGAAGGAUCAUGCUGGCCACGGCGGGACCGAAAUGUGUUCUAAUAUGCUUGCUCUUAAUUCAAAUGCUCAUCAAUACUGGUGA